AUGAGCCCUCCUUCUCCCAAGAAGAAGAACGGCGGCAAUGGUUCUGGACCACGACAGAUUCGUUUCGUCGCCACCGACGGCCAGCCGCAGACCAAGCGCCGCCGCGUCAACGCCGCCUGCUUGACUUGUCGCCGGCGCAAGAUACGCUGCUCGGGAGAACAGCCAGUGUGCAAAACAUGCUCCGACUAUAAGCAUGUGUGCCUCGGGUACAGCGAAUCUACCGCCCACCUGCGAUCGCAAUCCGAUUCCACCUCUCGACCGCCCGACCCGCCUUUCGGCCAACGUGAUCCCAAUAGUCAACAUUUAAGGGCGGUGGAGAGCUCUUCGCCAGAGGCUCCACCGAGAUCAGCCCCCGGAUCGAACCCGAAUCGGUCCCCGCAAAUACUCAAACACUUCGAGAACAAAGAUGCCUCUUUGUUAAGAGAUAACUCGGCGCGUACAAAUAAAGAAACCGAUUCUCAGCUGGUUGUCGACACCCCAGAAAGUAGUCGAACCUCUUUGAGCUCCGGGAACCGCACACAUGUACCGUAUUUCAGGUAUUUCGGGCCCACGGCUAUUGUGCCCGGCUUCAAGCAGAUGGUUGGUUUGCCCGUCUCAAGUCUAGCACUGCCUGAUUCUCUCUCGCCGCUUCGAAGCCCGAAACCGUCUGAUGGCCCUUUUGGCCUGUCGGCCGCAGCGACAGAGCAUCGUGACAGUCGCGACAGCCGCGAUAGUCGCGAGUCCAACUCGAUUCCGUUUUACGAUCGUGACGAUACUCUCCCAGUUCCCAACCUUGUUUCCCAUCUAAGCGAUCUUUUUUUUACGCAUCUUGGCUGCAGUUUUCCCUUCUUACAACGAGAGCGUUUUAUGCAAGACUUGAAGGGAAAAAAGGUCGACACCAUGUUGGUAGACGCGGUCUGUGCAUUGGCUGCCAGAUUCUCCCCUCAUCCGUUGCUGGGACCUGCUCAAGCACCACCAAUUGAUCACUCACAGUUGCCACCGGACCCUAAAUUCUGGGACCGGGGUUUACCUUUCGCUCAGCGAGCAACGAGUGCGCUUGUCGAUUCUCUCUCGUGUCCAACUCUCUCAGGUGUUCAAGCUUGUCUACUGCUAGCGUAUGAGCAGUUCGGAUCUAAUCGUGAUAGUGGUCUUUGGAUGUACCUCGGUAUCUCCAUUAGAAUGGCCCAAGACCUUGGCCUCCAGAAGUACCAGGGCUUGAAGCACAACUAUGGCCAAAAGGGCGUAACACCCAGUUCAGUGAUGACUGGUCAGGCUGGAAAAUGGAGAGAUGAUCAGUACGAUGAUUUUGAUGUUUACCAAAGUCCAAAGACCGUUCCGCCUGCUCUCGACACGGAACGAGCAAUCGAACGGGAGCGAGUGGAUUCCUUCUGGAGCAUAUUCUUCCUGGACAGAGUUAUCUCGUCUGGUACAGGACGGCCCGUGACGCUGCGCGACGAAGAUAUCGAGCUAUGCUUCCCCCUUCAGUCAGAAUCACAAUUGCCCAAUGGAUGGCCCGCGCCAUUCCCACCCCUCAUUCGAAUUAUUCAUCUUUACGGCCGAGUCACGGAUCUAAUCAAUGGCAUCCAAGAUGUCCACCAUGUCACUCCUGAUACGCUAAAGAGACUCGCAAGCAUGGAAAGCGACCUGACCGGCAUCUAUCAAAGGUUGUCGCCAAAGCUCCAUUUCAACGCUGCAAACUUCCAAGCAUACGUCAAGGCCAAAGAAGGAACCAACUUUAUCUUGUUACACUUCUGGUUCCACACACUAAUUGUGCUCCUUCACCAGCCAACACUGUUGCACUCCUUCGGUGGAUCAAUACAGCAUCUCUAUCCUAACAGUCGUGAACUAUCGAUGUCUUCAGCUAAGACGAUCGCCGAUAUUCUUUCGUUCUCGGAGCUGGUAGAUGGGAAGAGCUUCAUCGGCAACCCCUUCACAAGUCAACCUAUGUACAUUGCAGCAUGCGCCUUCCUGAUGGAGAGUGCAUACUAUUCUUCACCAUCAUCCAGAGGCGCCUCACCUCCAUCCCAAUCACUUUUAUCAGGUCAAUCCAGCGGUUUUGUGAUGCCCAACAUGGAGUCAUCUCACAGUUCAGAGCGAAAGUCUAAUGCCAGGCACAUUCUUCUCGCUUCUGCUGCCAAGGAGAACUAUCAGCGUUGUUACAAGGCGUUGAAGGCACUGGACGCCUACUGGGAGGGUACCCGAUACAUAUUGACUGUGCUCGAUCAGAAGGCCAAGGGAAUUGUUGACCCACUUCUUUACACGGAAGAAGAUAUGGAAAACACGACAGGUCUGGAUCCUGUACAACAAUUUGCUCCUGGUGGGUGGCCUGGGUCCAAGUCUUCGAACUCUACUCAGAGCUUUGAAAGGCCUCCAGGUGUGGCUGACAUUCCAUCAGAUGGAAAAUGGUCACCGAAAAUUGACCCAAGCCAAGCAAUUGGAUGGGCACUUACUGGAGCCACAAAUUCCUCACAGCCAAACUUGAGUUUACUUUAUCAAAUGCCCACGGCCACACAAACAAACCCCACCCCGGAUAGGCCAACCUACUCUUCCCAAUACAGCCACAGCUACCCACCAUUACAUGCACAAAACAAUGCUGCGCCAGGCUCCAAUCCUUCCUUUGCGCAAACAGUCACCCAUGAUGACAGCAUGUCAUCAUCUCUCGCUCCUAAAUUUCCCAGCAUGCCACCUCGAACAAUCAGCGCCAACUCACCCUACUUCCUCCCGAUGGGCUCUGCAUUUCCCGAAUCAAGCUCACGUGUCUCAGAGAGAGCCCACCCAUACGAUCAAACUCUCCCAUCCGCAUAUCAUUACGAUGUAUCAUCUACCGAGCCACACACUGGCGGUGGGGUGGUCUCUCAAGGCGAGAUUCACCCCGGUAUGCAUACGGAUAAUAAUGGCAUGAUGAUCGAAAGCCACGACGUCGACAUGAACUCCCUUCACCAACCAGAUUCGUUCCCCUUCUCCAACGGCGAGAUUCUUCCGUGGCUAGAAUAUCUGCCACAGGAUGUUCUCAGCCUUUUCGGCGAACCUCAAAAUUAUCCGCUCAUGAGCCCUGAGGAUACCACACCGCGGCCUCAAUAA